AAUAAAAGAAAAGAUAUGUAUUUUUAGCUGUACGCAUGACAUAAUACGUGAUGUGACAAAUAAUUUACAAACACUAAAAUUACAGUUUCAUUUUCUGGUAGAAUUUAAAUUAUGCAGUUAGCCGUAGCCGCUCAAACAGAGGAUGAGGAAGCGCCGCCACCCAAGAAAGAAGAGAAAAUUAUACCCCAAUUUGGAACGAUAGAAUGGAUUAACUAUAUCAGUGAAUUCGAUGGACAUCUACCGUCGCCUAUCGACGUGUCAAUCACAGGGUCCAUGGCGUAUAGGUGUCCAGAACUAAAGUGGUACAAUUUUGAUGUCUACCCUCAUAAAGUCAAAUUAACCAACACUGGAUACACUUUGCUACUCGGUGCAAAAUGGAGAACGGAACGGCCGUAUCUGGAAGGAGGACCGUUUCUUGAGAAACAUGUGCUGUCACAAAUACACUUCCAUUGGGGAUCUGACCUGAUGGAGGGCAGUGAACACACUGUCGACAAACGAACAUACCCUGGGGAAAUGCAGGUGACGUUCUUCAGAGCAGAGUACAUGACACAAGAGGAGGCUUUCAAACAUCACGAUGGGGUUGUGAUGGUCUGCUACUUGAUAAAGUAUGGUGUUGAAGACGACGACCGGCUCAACUGGUUGAUCGAGGGUUUCCCGCGAAUCAGAGAGGCGCAGACAUGCACACGCGUUGGACCUUAUCCCAUGUGUCGACUACUUCCAAUGUUCUUCGAAGAUUACUUCUUGUACUGGGGCACUUUGGAAACCGCAAGGGGAGAUAAACAUGUGCUUAGGUGGCUUGUUCCUAGAAUCACCCUGUUUGCUAGUUUUCAACAGAUGAAAGAAUUUCGUAAGUUCUGGGAUCCCUGGGACGAACCGAAUUUAAGGAACUUUAGGCCUUUGCAAGAGCGUGGCGAGCGACAUGUCCUUUUUAUCAAUGCCCAUUGGAACCAAUAUAACUCGUUGUUACCAAUACCAAGAAUACCUGAGCCUUCUAUAUCAGUACUUUCGCCUGCUUAUGAAAAGAAUUUGUGGAUGCUGCCCCCGCAAAAUGCUUAUAUGUUGCCUGAACCUGAGCCCGAAGAAGUGGAAGAGACGAAAAAUGACAAUGAAAAUGAAAAUUUGAUGUAGAUAAAAAAUUCUAGUGAUAAUGUUGAGCGCUCAAAAGUUUUGGAUCAAGCCGUUUUUGAAGAAAUUUGUAAUGAAACAUUAGAAUCUCUCUCUGAAUACUUCGAGGAGUUAGUGGAACAGGCACCUAAUCUAAAA